CGCAAAAUAAAAUGAAAGGUGAGGAGGAGAGAGAUAAUGAAGAAAGAAAGAUGGUCGAAGAGGAGAUAGUUCAUUCAGAAAGUUUACAGAAGGUUUUGGUGUAUAAAAGUGUACAAUCGCAUCAGUUUUUUGAUCCCAGGACAUACUUUAAUUUGACAGAAAAAUGGCUAAGAUUCGAAGUAAGGCAGUUUACUCGUAGUAUUGGGAAUAGAAUCAAUAGUAGCCUUGUAAAUAAGAUUGGAAGCCUAGGCACUUGACCUGAUUAUAAUACCUUGCUGCAAUAUUAUCAUCAAAGCCCCUCUUCAGUAUCGAGUUUUGAGAAAGCUUGCUCUUUCCUCUCAGCAAGAUCAAAAAUAGAGCUGUUUACAUACAACAGUCUAAAGAUAGACAAGCCUCAUAGCAUCUUUCGUUCUUUAUUUAAAGUUCUCCCAAAUAUAGUUCAGACUUGAGAACUUUGUGGAAUAAAGAUCUUUGAAAAACACAUGAUUCGAAUUUUCUCUAGCCUUAGUCAAGCAAAGAUACUUAAGUUCUACAUCUGCUCAAUGGAUACAGUUGAUCGAGAUUGUGCUCUGAAAUUACAGAGCAACCUCAAUCAGAUAUGGUUCGGUCACUGAACUUGGCUGUCCCAACAUCAGAAAUGGCACAUAUAUGUUCUACCAACUAUAUUGAGAUUUCUCUCUAAAGUUGGAAUUGCGGAAGAAAUAGAAACCAUUCAGAUCCGUGUAAAUAGCAACCUUGAUAAAUCAACGGUCUCUAUUCACGAUGAAGUAGCCACCCUCAAGGAGAAGCAUUGGUCUGGAGAAGGUAAAUUCAUAGUCACAGACGAAGGGCCCAACAAUGUUAUAGAAAUUGGCUAA